UCUCUCAUCUUCCCUACUAGAAAGAGCCAAGGCCUUCCUCCCUAUUCACGACUGUGUUCCCAGCUCCUAGGAAGAUCAUAGCAUUAGGAGGCCCUGCAAACACAUUUCUGUGAGCUACAGAAAGGAACGAAGCAAGGAAAGAAGCAGAGUCCCAGCAUUUGGGACUCUUUCCCAGACAGUCUGGGAAAGCCUGUCUGCAUGAAGCAUGAAAAACGUGUUGAAAGGCAGUGGCCCGCUGGGGGAGCGUGAAGGACAGCUAGCGUUGGUAAGAUUUUUGUUAGUUCAUUAGUUCAACUAUAGUACCCUUCAGCUAAGCACACAGACGCCCGAGGCCCGGAUUCGAUUCCAGACGCCAGCCCUCCCUCCUUUCCUCAUCCAGCACUCGCCCCCAAUUGUCUCUUUCCUCCUGGCGCCCGGGAUCGCACCGCCCAGACCGCCUUACUCUCCCUGCCCCGGAAGUUACACGCUGCCGACACCGGGACGUAACUUCCGGGAAGGGUUUACUUCCAAGACAGACACGGAAGUGUUGGGAGGCGCCGGGAGCCGGUUCGGUUGCCGGUGUCUCUGGCCUUGCGGUCAACCCUGGGAACGUCCCGGAGAGCUAGAUUCCUAGAGCCACGAUUCCGCUAGCCCCGAACAGACUAAGCCAGCGCUCCCGCCCGCUCCCCCGACUUAGGAUCCGAUGCCGGCAGCGUCCUGGGGCCCCCGUAGCGGGGCUGGACCAUGAGCCUGCUGGACGGCCUCGCCUCCUCCCCGCGGGCUCUGCUGCAGUCCAGCAAGGCCAGGAUGAAAAAGCUCCCGAAGAAGAGCCAGAACGAGAAGUACCGGCUGAAGUACCUGCGGCUGCGCAAAGCGGCCAAGGCCACUGUGUUUGAAAAUGCUGCUAUUUGUGAUGAAAUUGCUCGUCUUGAAGAAAAAUUUCUUAAAGCAAAAGAAGAAAGAAGGUACUUGCUAAAGAAGCUCCUCCAGCUUCAGGCUCUAACUGAAGGGGAAGUACAGGCUGCAGCUCCUUCCCACAGUUCCAGUUUGCCCCUGACUUAUGGUGUGGCCAGCUCUGUGGGAACUAUACAGGGAGCUGGGCCUAUUUCAGGGCCCAGCACUGGGGCUGAGGAACCAUUUGGGAAGAAAUCGAAGAAGGAGAAAAAAGAAAAAGGCAAAGAGAACAACAAACUGGAAGUUCUGAAGAAAACAUGCAAGAAAAAGAAAAUGGAGGGAGGUGCUCGCAAGCUGGUUCAGCCCAUUGCCCUGGAUCCCUCAGGACGGCCUGUGUUCCCCAUCGGACUAGGGGGUCUAACAGUAUAUAGCCUGGGGGAGAUCAUCACCGACCGACCUGGCUUUCAUGAUAAGAGUGCCAUCUACCCUGUGGGCUACUGCAGUACUCGAAUAUAUGCCAGCAUGAAGUGCCCAGACCAGAAGUGUCUAUAUACCUGUCAGAUCAAGGAUGGUGGUGUGCAGCCUCAGUUUGAAAUUGUUCCUGAAGAUGACCCCCAGAAUGCCAUCGUCAGCUCUUCUGCAGAUGCUUGUCAUGCAGAACUGCUCAGGACUAUAAGUGCUACUAUGGGGAAACUAAUGCCUAACCUGCUUCCAGCUGGAGCUGACUUUUUUGGGUUUUCUCAUCCAGCCAUCCAAAACUUGAUCCAGAGCUGUCCAGGAGCUCGAAAAUGCAUCAAUUACCAGUGGGUGAAAUUUGAUGUGUGCAAACCUGGAGAUGGGCAGCUACCUGAGGGGCUGCCAGAGAAUGAUGCAGCUAUGAGCUUUGAAGCCUUUCAGAGACAGACCUUUGAUGAAGAUCAGAAUGAUCCCCUUCUGCCAGGAUCCUUGGACCUCCCAGAGCUUCAGCCUGCAGCCUUUGUGUCUUCUUACCAGCCCAUGUACCUGACACAUGAACCCUUGGUAGAUAUUCACCUGCAGCACCUGAAGUCUCCAUCACAGGGUAGCCCAAUUCAGUCUUCAGAUUGAACAAGAAGGGAUCAGAUGCCACAUCGUUUUCAUCGUGAUUAAUUUAACUUAAACUAAAAUUUUGGGUAUAUGGAAGAAGGCAGCAAUUCAGAAGUAAAGAAGAUAUUCACAUAUUUCAUCAUGGAGGGUCCUGUAGUGACGGUUUUCCCUGGGAAAAAUUUCAGCUGCUUUAUUUUUAGUAAUAAAUUUCUCUUGUCAAUUCUGUUUAUUUUCAUCUUGUUGUAAUCAGGAUAUAAUCUUUUUUGCUUAGCUCUGCCUGAGGUAGAGUCAACUUCAGCCUCUUAUAAACAAGAGUGAUAGAGAGCUGCUGUCUAGUCUAUUCAGGCUGCUACAACAAAUACCAUAGACAGAGUGGUUUAUAAAUAACAUGAAUUUAUUUCUCACAGUUCUGGAUGCUGGGAAGUCCAAGUUCAAGGUGCUGGCAGAUUCAAUGUCUGGUGAGGGCCCACUUCCUAGUUCUUAGACAGCCGUCUUCCUGCUGUGUCCUCACGUGGUAGAAGGGGAAGGCAGCUCUCCGGGGUCUCUUUUAUAAGAGCACUAAGCCCAUUCAUGAAGGUCUGCCCUCAUGACCUAAUCACCUCCCAAAGGCCCCACCUCCCAAUACCAUCACAUUGGGGGUUAGGAUUUAACUUAUGAAUUUGGGGGAGAUAUAAACAUUAAGUCUAUAGCAGCAGCUAAUGAGGGAGAUAGGGAGGUUCUGACAAACUUCUACUCUUGAUUCUGAUCCUAAUUCAAGGGAUAUCAAGUCCCAGCCCCUGCAGCCCAGGCUGCUGCUUUAUUUUCACGUCAGUAUCAUCAAAAUCCAAUCUUCUGCUUAAACUCAAGAUGGAAAGUCCAGUCUAAGGUCCACUGUUCAUCUUUUUCUUCACAUUUUGCACAUCCUUCUUUAACCCUUCGUUAUCGCACCUCAGAGAAUGUGCUUUUUAAAGCUCAAUACAUUGAAACCAAAUGAUAACACAAAUUCACAUAUAAUUGGGGGUGAGCCCCAUCCUCUGUAACAGACUUAGUCCUGUCUUUUCAUUAGCCAUGUAGUAAUAUAACUCCAUGUUCCAUGCAACUGGAUUUUUGGACCCUGUUAAUAGCAUUAAGGUAGAGGUUCACUGUAUCACCUAACAACUCAGCACUACCUGUGGGAUGCCUUAGGUACCCAUCACCAGGUUGCCAAGGGCUGUGUGGAAAGGGAGGGACAAAAGGACCCAGAAGAAUGGGGAUGGAGUGGUGAGAAUGAAAUGGUUAAUGCACUACCAUUCAUAAUUGCCAACUGAGGACAACACAAAUGGGAUUGGUAUUUUCUAGUAAUAAAUCUGCCAGCAGAGGGAGGGAUCGGGCAGCAGUGUUGAGAGCACACCACACUGGCCGGUGUAAACUCAGAAGCCAAGUUAACUGGUAUCUUAUGAUUUGGAGUAUAGUUUUUUUAUAAGUUGUACACAUUUUACAAUGUAAAAGAAACAACAUUUCUAUCAUAGUGAAUCGGGUGGGAAGGGGAUUGCUUAAAACGUUAAUGUGGUUUUUUUUUUCUCUGCAUAAAUUGCUUGCGCAUACUGGCACUUAA